AUGUCUGAAGAGAACAUAAUCGUCUUUGCUUAUGAUGACAUUGCCGAAAACUCUGAAAACAUUUUUCCUGGACAAAUCUUCAAUAAACCAUAUGGUGAAGAUGUAUAUAAAGGAUGUAAGAUUGAUUACAAAGACGUUGAUAUAACACCUGUUGACUUUCUUAAUGUUCUCAAGGGUGAUAGUGAGAAAAUGAAAGGAAUAGGAAAUGAAAAGGUCAUAUAUAGUACAAAAGACAGUAAAAUAUUUGUAUUUUUUUCUGGUUACGGAGCAACCGGUCUGCUUGGCUUCCCACAAAAAUAUCUCUACGCAGAUGAUUUGAUUUCAAAUCUGACAUAUAUGCACAAGCAAAAUAUGUACAGUGAAAUGGUAUUAUAUAUUGACGCCUGCGAAUCAGGUUCAAUGUUCUAAGGCCUGCUAGAUCCAACAUUGAAUAUAUAUGUAAUGACAGCUACUAAUGCAGAAGAGAGUUCAUGGGGAACAUAUUGCUAUCCAGAUGAUCUGAAGGAUGGCAAACAUCUAGGUACUUGCCUUGGUGAUUUAUUCUCAGUAAACUGGAUGGAGAAUUCUAAUGCCAGUGAUAACUCUAAUGAUAGUUUGCUCAGUUAAUUUGAGACAGUGAAAAAAGCUACUCGCUGGUCUCACGUUAUGCAAUAUGGGCAGUUGGAUUUAUAGGAUACCUUGUAUAGAUACUAUCUUGAUGAAGCUUAGAUUUCUUAAAACUCAUAGUAAUAAUCUCAACUGAUUAAGAGAAAUCUCAUAGAUGCAAAGACUGAGAAUAUAUAGCAAAGGAUUUCCUAGACUAAUGAUUGUAGUUAUUCUUCAGAUGUAAAAAUUGGUAAUGAAGGUAUGAAUUCAGACAACCAUAAUAUGGAAUAUUGCUGGUCGAAGCAAGUCUAGACUGAUACAAUAUAAAGGAGCAGCAGAAGCUCACGAGACAUUAAUUUUCAUUAUCUGUAGAGUAGAGUCUACAUGAAUAACUUUUAAUUUCCUUACUAACAAAGAGAUUUUGAUCUAGAGGAAAAUAAAAGAAUGAGGGAUGACCAUGUCUUUGCUCUUUUCAAGUAAUAGGUCAACUCAAAUCAUAAGAAAUAGACAAAUGGAAUCGUUAAAGCUAUCAUAAUAAAUUAUGAAGUGGUUUUACCCAGAAACUUUGAUUGCCUAAGGGCUAUGAUUGAUGCCUAUGAAGGCUCUAUUUAAGCUAAAAUGGGUGAGUAUCAAAUGAAAUAUGUGAGAUAUUUCGUGUAGGCUUGUGAGAAGACUGAAAUGACAGAGGAAAAUAAAAACCAGAAGAUUCAUGAGUUAAUUAAGAUUAUUAAAGAUGUCUGCAGAUGGGCAAUUUGA